CAGGAAAACAAGAGGAGGCAGCCAAAGAUUUAUUCCAGCGAGUUCUCGGAUCUCGGGCUGAUGAAUUUAAGGUCAAAAUCCAGGCAGAUCUGGGACCAAAAGAGAAAGAUACAUUCAUAAUCAAUACACAAGAGAAGUAUGUUGAGAUCGUGGGAACGACGGGUGUGGCCACUGCGAUGGGGCUGUAUUACUACCUCACUAACUACUGUAACUGUCAGAUUACUUGGGGAGGGAGACAGCUGGCUAUCCCCUCACCCCUCCCAAAAGUUGAAGGGGGCAGUGUGAACAUCACAACUAAUGAUAAGUUCCGGUUUUUCCAGAAUGUAUGUACUGUGAGUUACUCUUCUGUCUGGUUUCAAUGGAAAGACUGGGAGACCUACAUUGACUGGAUGGCCAUGAGAGGAAUAAAUCUGGCUCUAGCUUUCACUGGGCAGGAAGCCAUAUUCCAAAGGGUUUAUAUGGGUCUUGGUUUUACUAUGGAGGAUAUGCAGAAUCACUUUGGAGGACCUGCCUUCUUAGCUUGGUCCAGGAUGGGGAACAUGCAUGGUUGGGGUGGUCCUAUCACACAGAACUGGAUAGAUGACCAGCUGAUUUUACAACACAAGAUCCUGGAGCGUAUGAGGUCCCUGGGGAUGAUCCCGGUCCUCCCAGGAUUUGCUGGUCAUGUCCCUGAGGCCACAGUUCUGCACUAUCCGACAGCCAAUGUGUCUCGCCUCCGAGACUGGGGACAUUUCAACAAGACAUACUGCUGUAACUACCUACUGGACUUCAAUGAUCCCUUGUUUAUGAAGAUUGCAGUUCGUCUUAUAAAAGAGAUGGAGUAUGAGUUUGGUGUAGAUCAUGUGUACAGUGUAGAUACUUUUAAUGAAAUGGAACCAAGGUCAAAUUCCACUGAAUAUUUAGCUCUAUCGGGCCGUACUAUCUACAAGAGUCUGAAAGAAGGAGACUCUAAGGCCAUCUGGUUGAUGCAGGGAUGGCUAUUUAUAGAUGAAGGAUUCUGGAAACCACCCCAGAUGAAAGCUCUUUUGACUUCUGUUCCACAGGGGGAAAUGAUUAUCUUAGAUCUGUACUCUGAGAUCAUCCCUAUCUUCACCAGGACAGAGUCGUAUUACGGUCAGCCAUUUAUCUGGUGUAUGUUACAUGACUUUGGUGGGACAAUGGAGCUGUAUGGAGCCUUAAAACUAAUUAAUGAGGGUCCCUUCAAUGGCAGGGCAUACCCUAACAGUUCUAUGAUUGGUUUGGGGAUGACUCCUGAGGGGAUCUUCCAAAAUGAGGUCAUUUACGAAUUCUUCACAGAAAAUGUGUGGAGAAAAGAACCCCGAGAUAUAUCAUCAUGGAUCAGCAAGUAUGUCCUGAAUAGAUAUGGGAAGACAAAUAAGUUUAUAGAUCUAGCCUGGCAAUAUCUAAAGAACAGUGUGUACAACAAUUCUGACAAUCUUAAGGACCAUGAUUCCCAAACGAUCCCUGUCACCCGCCCCCGCCUCUCUCCCUUGCUGAAACCUGAUGUAUGGUUUAACCCUGAGGAUCUAUACGUUGCCUGGGAUAUCAUGACCUUGAACUUAGAUGAUUUCAGCAACAGCUCACUGUUCAUGUAUGACAUAGUGGACGUGACACGUAACAGUUUACAGAUUCUGUCCAUUAAAUACUACACUGAUUUAGUAUAUGCUUUUGGUCGGGGUGAUAUUAAUGCUGUAGAAUCUCUGGGGAAUAAAUUACUAGGGUUACUUAGUGACAUGGACACUGUGCUAGGGUCUGAUUCUCACUUCCUGUUGGGACGCUGGUUGAAGGCAGCCACAGACAAUGCUAUGGACAUGCAGGAUAACUGGUUCCUACAAUUUAAUGCAAGAAACCAGAUUACAUUGUGGGGUCCUAGAGGGGAGAUUCGAGAUUAUGCUUGUAAACAGUGGUCUGGACUUAUUAAGGACUACUACUUACCUCGCUGGGAGAUCUUUGUUAAUUACACAAUGGAUAUAAUGAUACAUAAUAAAACUUACAAUGCCACAGAGCUGAAUAUAAUGAUGUAUGAGAAAGUAGAAUUUCCAUUUAGUUACAGACUUGACCAGUAUCCCACAGAACCCCAGGGUGACAGUGUAGCCAUUGUCAAGUCUCUACACCAGAAAUACAGACCUGAAACUCUGUCCGAUUUCUUUCAAACUCUACAGAAAGCCACAGACGAGAGACACAGAAAGGACAAACGAAACUGGAUCGAAAGGAAAUAUGGCUCACGAAUGAAACAGCCUAAAAAGAAAAUUUCUCCAUAUAAUCCACAACUUCAUCGUAUUGUUAAUAAGGAUCUGGUGCUUAAUUAGUCAUUUCUCAGUGGGUGUAUAUUUUAUGAGAAUACAAGUAAAUGUGGACAGAUGUUUGAAAAGUGUAAUAGAUUUACAUUUUAUUCUGUGUAUUACUUGUAAAUGUGGGUAAAAUGGUAUAUCUGAGUAUAACUAUGGGUUUUGUGUAAAAGUAUAUCAGUAUAACUUACUGGGUAUUAUGUAAAUGGUUAGUGUCAUAAUUGGGUAAUUUUUUAAGAUGGGGCCCAUUUCAUAUCCAAAGAUUCAUUUAAUAGAAGUACAUGUAUUUUCACAGGGUCUUAACCCUGUUGAUUGGUAGUCAUUGACAGUUUAAUGCUUUGCAUAACAAGAGUCACAUGAUGUUAUAUAUGUACUGGGAUUGAAAAAUAUAAUUUCUUUUACAUGAACAUGUAUAAAGUAUUUAAUUUCAAAAUUGUUAAACCUGUUUAAAAAAAAAAUUGCACUUAAAGCCUAAAGCCAGACAUCUGCAGGAAUUCACAGGAUUUUUGUCAGCCAUAAUGUGAAGAAUGUUUGUGUUUUUAAGUGUUAACAAAAUGUGUUUCAUGAGCUCUUAUAGCAAUACAUGUAAUAGUACUUAAGAUACAAGCUUGUCUGUGAUACUGUGAUAAUUUUGUGGUGGUUAGGUUGUCUGCACCACCAUUGUGAUGUUUAGUCACACAGAUGUCAUGUUGUGCUUCAUGUUACUGGUCAAUGAAAUUCAAGUACUGUACAACUUGGGGUGCUAUAUCAUGUCAUAUAUAAAUUUAUAUUGGGGUACUUAGUUAUGGGGAAUGCAUAUAAAUGUUUCUUGAAUGUUUAAUGCAUGCUCCCACAUCAAAAUUCUUAUAUUAAUCAUGUCUCGAGUAUUGAUUUGCUUGUAUUUGUAAUUUUCAUUUUUUUAGGUCACAUGAGUCAUGAGUCACUCAGGUGACCUAUUGCUAUAUGUCUGUUUUUGUAAAUCAUUGGGCAUUGAACAGAUGAACCAAUUUUAACCAAUUUUAAUAUGUAGCAUCUAUGGGUCAAAAUUGUGAAUUUCAUGCCCCCCCCCCCCCCCCCUUCUGUGUCUGAGGGGUGGGGCUAAAACCAUCAAAAUUAAUACAAUCUUCAAAAAUCUUCCUUACUCCUAGACAUCAGACAGUCAAACUGUUGGCAUGAUUAUAACAAUGAGUCCUUUACUAAAAUUUGAACUUUGUGGCCCCUGAGUCUGGGUUCUGGUGUUAGGGUGGGGCUCCAGGAUAAUAUGGUGAAAAUGCAUUAUUUCUUUGAAAAUCUUCUCUGCUCCUGGGUAUUAAGUAAACAAACUAAGUUGUGUGUUAAAAUGAGCAAGAAUGCUUCUUCUAAAACUGUGAAUUUCAGGGCCCCUGGGUAAGGGGAUCUUUUUUAGGGAGGGGCUCUAUUGAUUAUAAAGUGAAAAUGCAUAAAUUCUUUUAAAAUCUUCUUCAUUGCCCUUGAUUAUUUAGCAGGCAAACUAUAUAUUACAUGGCUAUGAUGAGCAAGGAUGCCUCUUUUAAUUUUGUGAAAUUCAUGGCCCCUGAUCGAGUAAGGAGGUUCUGGUGUUGGGGCGGUGAGUGAAAAUAGUGAAAAGGUAUUGUUUCUUUGAAAAUCUUCUCCUUUGCUGGGUGUUUUUUAAAAGCAAAUAUACCCAUCUUUCAAUUUCUUUUAUUUUCUACUUCUGUGGAUCCUUGACGAUGUUGUAGCUGUAUACAUACUAUACUCAGAUGACCGUUAAAGCGUUUAGGCUUCUUGUUUAAAUUAAAGGAAACAUUCCAAUAAUGCUUACCUAGCUUGCAUUCAUUAAUUUUUUUUAAUUGUGAACAAUAUGUGUAGCUAGCUGCCAACAGGAGCUCGCUGCUCUUACAGUUGUAUAAUAAUGAACAGUGCUUGACAGUUUAUUUGAUAUUUGGAUCUGUUUUAAUUAUAUUCUUUUUUCGUCGACUCUCAUGAUGAAAGUAAUGCUGCUUUAAACGAAUUCUUGUUAUUCAAGUCCUGGUUGUAAUUUAUGUCAGGUAUGGACAUUAUACAUAUAAAUCAUGAAGGAUGAUGCCCUGUCUGGAUGAUGUUACAGAGAAAUAAAAGUACAAAUUCUAAA